AUGGCCCAAGACUCCGCCCGAACGAGUCGAACGAUGUCGCCGAAGAGUACCGAUGACGAAGAGAAAGAUAUUGGACAAAGCCAACGAGAACAUCCUUCAAGUCAAGAUACCACACAAUCACACGACCCCGAAAAGCAAACAUCUAACAAUGCCUCCCACAACGAUGACGACCAGAAGAAACUCGACGAUUGGGACAGUCCAGGCGAUGCAGACAAUCCCCUCAACUGGCCUACCUCCAAGAAGGCCUACCAUACCCUCAUCCCAUCCACCAUAGCCUUCGUCUGCACCCUCGGCUCCUCCAUCAUUACCCCAGGCCAAGAAUCUAUAAUGUCCGACCUAGGAGUGUCAAUGGAGGUCUCCCUCCUCCCCUACGUCCUCUACGUAAUAGGGCUCGCCUUCGGCCCUAUGCUCGCUGCCCCGCUAUCAGAGACCUUCGGUCGAAGAGCGGUGUACUGGACGGGGAUGCCGGUGUUUAUGCUCUUCACGCUCGGGGCAGGGUUCAGCAAUAAUAUUGCUGCAUUGUGUAUAUGCCGGUUCUUCUCUGCCGUGUUUGGAAGUCCGGGGUUGUCGAUUGGGAGUGCGACGAUAAGUGAUAUUUGGACACCCCUUCAGCGCGCUGCGCCUAUGACAUUCUACGUCACGACACCAUUCCUCGGUCCCGCGAUUGGGCCUUUGGUAGGCGGGUUCGUGGCAGAGAAGAUGGGUUGGAGGUGGACGGUGUGGACGUUGCUGUUCUUUGAGGUGGCAUGUCUAAGCCCGGCACUAUUCAUGAAAGAGACGUACAAGAAAGCGAUUCUGAGAAAAAGGGCCAAAGCACGAGGACUGAGAUAUCCAGAGCCGGAGAGGACGCCAGUGCAGGCCGCGAAGUUCUUCUUGCGAAGUACGUUGACGCGGCCGGCGCAUAUGUUCUGCGUGGAGCCGGUAGUACUGUGCUUCACGUCGUAUGUGUCGAUCAACUUCGGGACGUUAUAUGCCUUCUUUGCCGCUUUCCCGUACGUCUUUGAGACGCAGUACGGGUUUGGGCUUGGGCAGGUGGGUUUGUUCUUCAUUGGGUUGGGUGUGGGAUCUACUGCGGGUGGUGCGUUUAUUAUCGUCUUCAGCAAACUGAUGUACGGGAGGAAGAUAGCCCAGCAUGGAAAGGUGCCACCGGAGGCGAAGCUGUAUCUGGCCAUGAUUGGAUCUUUGUGCUUGCCAGUUUCCUUGUUCUGGUUCGGCUGGACGACGCAGGAAAAGGUCCAUUGGAUGGCGCCAGUUGUUGCUGAGGCUAUCUUUGGCUUCGGUAACUUGCUCAUAUUCAUGAGCUCCGUGCUUUACGUCAUGGACUUUUAUGGUCCUCUGGUUGGUGCAUCAGCAAUGGGCGCGAACAACCUAGGGAGGUAUGCCUUGGGUGCCAUCUUCCCUCUGUUCAUCGUGCAGAUGUACCGAGGGCUUGGGAUAGGAUGGGCGACGAGUCUGCUAGGCUUUGUCAGUGUAGUAUUAGCGCCCAUCCCGUGGGUACUCUUCAUGUUUGGGCCUACGCUGCGGAGUCGGAGCACGUAUGCGAAGCCAGAGGGCAAUUGA